AAUAAAAGCAGUAAUGAAAUGAGUCGUAUAAGCUUGGAGUUAUCUGAAGCUAAACUUUGUUUCGUCAAUGAAUUUCGUGGAAAGCCUGAAGAAUCCUACUUUUAUCUUCGGUCGAAUACAAUUAAAUCAUACCAUAGAAAAACAAAUGAUGUAUGGAUUACACAACUGAUAAAUUUCUUCAAUGUUAAUGCAUGUGAUAUUGCUGGAUACGAAAGGCCACAAAUAAUUGUUGAUCUUCAUUUAAACCUUGCGUCAAGCGUAUUUGUUUACGAACAUAUAGGAAAUAACGAGGAUUCUACUCCUUCAUUUAGGUUAUUUUUAAUCCUAUUAUAUUGUUCAGGUGCACCAAUUUUAUCAAUGAAUACAAUAACAAUUCACAAUAUUGAAAUUCGUGAUUUGCUUGCAGCAUCAGAUUUUAAAAUGAUGCUACAUAUGUGCGAAUCAGCAAAAUUGAGGCGCAUGAAUGCACCGAUGUUCGCUUUACGAAUAUUGGAAAAUAAUGAUAAAGAAGGAAAAUUGGCAAUAUCAAUGCUUCCUAUGCGUUUAAAUGUUGAUCAAGAUACUCUGGAAUUUCUACAAGAUUUUUUUACGGAUUUAUCAGCGAGUUCCUCUGUUUCAAAAUUUACUUUUUCUCCUUCGGUGCCGUUAAGGUUGGAUUAUCAAGGAAAGCGAGUUAAAUCCGACCAAGGCGUUUUAAUGGGCCUACUAAUUGGUUUAACGAGUUUGAAAUGUUCUGAGCUUACUUUGGUCGAUUUCAAAAAUACUGAGGGAUUGAAUGGUAUUCCCAACUGUAUUCAGUUUGCUGUUAAUCACUGGAUUAAAGAUAUUCAAGAAAAUCAAAUUCCAAAUGUUAUCGGUGGUUUUGGCCCUAUCAGAUCAUUAGUGCAAUUAGGAAAAGGAAUAAAGGAUUUGCUUUUUUUGCCGAUGAAUGAAUAUAGAAGAACAGAUGGGCAUUUAAUGACCGGAUUGCGAAGAGGUGCGGAGAGUUUUGGUUCAUCUACCAUUACUGCUUCGGUUGAAAUUGCUCAAUGUUUUACCGGUUUAGUACAAGGAGCCGCGGAAAUCGCAUUUGAUGUUAUAACUCCUGAUGCAUCCGUUCGACGGAAAAGAUUGGAUAAGAGAAAAGUUUCCGAUUCUAAUUUACCACCAAACGAUAUUCGAGAUGGUUUGAAUAGAGCUUAUGCAACAGUUAAACAAGGCAUAGCUGAAACGGCAGAAGGCUUACAUAAGGCUGCAUAUGAAGAUCGAGCUGAAGGUCAUUGGCCAUUACGUGGUUUGCUUAGACAAGCCACACCAACGUUCCUUCGUCCAAUAGUCAUCGCUAGUAAGGCGACUAAUGAACUUUUAGGUGGUAUUAAAAGUCAGUGGAAACCUGAAGAUUACGCAGAAGAAAUACAAAAGUGGAAAGGAAAUGAUUAUUAA